GGUUUGCAUCACAGAGGACCGGAGCUUGAAAUGAGACGUAGCAAAUAAAUAAUGGAGAGCAGGCAGGGGAACAUGAGCAGGCAUGCUAGUAGCGUGUAUGCGCUUUAUUAAAGUGUAAACCGAAGAAGAAGAGUGUUAAAAACUUUUUUUUUUUUUAACUGGGGGGGAGGAUUCACUUUCUCCUGUUUCACUUUCACAUCGAGUUAACAAGCCCAGAGCAUGUGAAGCGAGCUCCCGCUGCUGCUGCUGCUGCUGUCCCCAGAGACACCAUGGACACGGAGACCGGAGUCCCGCAGGACCCCUGCUGCUUCAGCAGGACCUUCUCCGCCCUCACCGUCGACGACGUGUACGAAAUAGCCAAGCUGGUCGGCGCCGAGGUGGAGAGGCUCAUCGACGGCUACGGCAAAGAGAGCGUCGAGGGUCUGGUUCCGAAGAUAGUGAAGGUGCUGGAGCUGCUGGAGAGCUUCGCCUCCAGGAACCAGACGCUCGGCGCGAGGGAAGAGGAGCUGCUGAAGACCUUCGAGCAGAUCCAGCUACAGCAGCAGAGGAAGCGCGGCGGGAAGGACGGCGACGAGGGCAACGAGCGAAAUGAUUUGCGGGAGCUGCAGCAGAAGGAGGAGCAGUGGAAGAGGAGAUGUGAGGAGCUGCAGGUCCAGGUGCAGCAGCUCCAGGAGGACAGGAAGGAGCUGCUGUCCAGGCUGGAGGGCACCUUUGCUCAGGAAGACCGCACCCAGAGGCAGGAGCGGGAGGUGAUGCUGAAGCUGAAGGAGGUGGUGGACAAGCAGAGAGACGAGCUGAGGGCCAAAGCUCAGGAGAACGCCACAGUCUCCAAAGAGGUGGAGGCGCUCCAGGAGCAGCUGGACCGCUUCAUGAAGAUGAACGCAGAGUUGCGCCACAAGCAGAAUGUGCUGCAGACGCAGCUGAAGAGCAGCGUGGAGAGGAAAGCCGACCUGGAGACCGACCUGAAGGAGAAAAACAAAGAGAUAGAGAGGCUCCUCACAGAGCUAAGUAACGCCAACGGAAACAGCACACUGAACAAUCCAAGUCGAACAGUAAAGGAGUCGACCCGAAAGCCAACCACUGAGCAGAAGGACUCUGAUCCGCCCUGCUUCACAAAGAAGGAGGUGCGGGACAUUCUGUUUGAGAGGAACGAACUGAAAACCAACCUCUUCCUGGUGCAGGAGGAGCUCAACUACUAUCAGAGAGAGAUUCUGAACGAGGAGAGGUGUCCGGGCUUCCUCCUGGAAGCUGUCCGCUCGGCAAUAAAACAAAAAAGGAGGCUGAUAAAGGCAAAGAUGCUCGGCAUUCCUCUCAACGACUACGGCAUCAGUGACGAGGCAGACAGCGGUCCUCUGUACGGCCAGACAGAAGUGGACGGCCCAGAAGUAGACGGGCCGAGCAAACCAGCCGAGUCUCGCAUUCGAAACUUCUUCGGCUUCCUGACGCGCUCGGGCAGCAGCAAGAGUCCCACCCCCAUGAGCAACUCUGCCUCCAGCUGGGAGAUCCUGGGAGAGACGGAGGCCAUCGAGGAGACGGAGCAACAGGCGACCUCCUAGGGCCGGCGGAGAGUCGGCUCGGAGCUUUCUUCCUGCUUGUGGGCUCCUCCUCUCCUCGAUCUGGAGCACGUAGCAGAGCGUCGGGUCUGCUGGCUCAGCAGAAGGCCUUUUUAAUGGACCCUGUGCUGUGGGUAACACAAAACUAAGUUUCUACUGGUGGAGAGACACGAUAUGUCAGUGGUUUGAAACAAAUCCACUGACCGCCUCACGUCGCAAUCAUGACUUUUACUCCUGAGAGCUUCAACGGUGUAUAAAUGGUACAAAGUAAACGCAUUAGGGGCAACACUUUCAAAACCCUUAUUUUGUAUGCGUCACAAAUGAAAACAAUUGUAUUUUCACACAUGUAUAAAAACACAUUUAAAUGUUUUUAGGUAUUGAGAAAUAUAUUAUAGGAUCUAUUUUAUUAUAAUAUUUAUCUCUAAAGAUGUUUUUCUUGUUGCUAAUACCAAAGAUGGAAAAUUAUCGUUUUAUUUUUCUCAGUUUUUUUAAUCUCCAAAUGAAAAUCCAAAUCAGUUUCCUAUUUUAGUGUUUUGCUCGAUGAUUUGUAACUUAACCUACUGUAAUAUUGUGGGGUAGACGUUUGCCAUAAGAAGUUCUCAUCUGUUCCACAUGGUGGCAUUUUAUUACAACUCAAUGCAUUUAACUUAUACCUCCUCGGUUAAUUCCUGAAUUUACGUCAGUACUUUUCAUGAUUUUAGGCACUUUUUAUCCACAGGAAAAAGAAAAAAAAAGAAAUGUUUUUGCCACAUAACCAGUUCCUUCUACCAAUGAGAUCAUUUUUACCUCUUAUGCCUUAACUUCCUGUUUCGAAGGUGUAUUUUCCUGCUGUUAAGUCAUUACUUAUUUGAACAGAGCGACAGUAUUGGCUGGUGUGGUUUUGACGCCGGCACCAUCUAAAUGCGUGAUUGGUUGUUGUUGUCCAAGCCUCUGCGUGGGGAUGACUUCGUUUCACGCAUGUUUUUCAAACCCACCGCUUCCAUGUAAGGACGAAGCCCCCCACUCCCACUGUGUCUGGGCUCCUCCUCUGAAUGCACCACACGGUUCGGGUCUCUGAGAGACCGACGGGCGAGCAUCCAAAGAGGCCGUCUUCCAGGGAACCGUUCGCCGUUUGUUUUUCGUGAACAUGUUUGUGACAAUCUGCAAGCGGAAUAAAAUCUUCAGGUGUUCAAUUUGAAUUUGAAUUUUCAAUAAAACAUCAAACACACAAAAAA